AUUUGAGAUGGAGGAGUACGUGGAGGAUAUUUUGACCUAUCAAUUGGGUCCUCUCUGCCCUACUCGCGCCAAACCAAAUCUUUAUCUCUUCGUCUUCUUUCAUAGCAAUCAAUCCAUUUCUAGCAAGAAGUUGCAGUUGCAGGUGUGUGUUUCAUGGAGUCUGUUAUUCCUCGAUGCCUUCCUCCAUUUUCAAUCUCUUCUCGAACACAAUACCGAAGAAAAGCUCAUGUGGUUAAAUCAAACCUUAGCCAUAAAGAUGACAGCUCUGCUUCCGCUCACACAGACCACUCCUCAAAGGAACUUCAAGUACCAGUUUCCAGACGUCACUGUCUUUCGGGUUUGUGUUCAACUCUAGUGUUGAUCAGUGAUUAUGCCGCACCUAUUUUUGUUUCUAAGGCAAAUGCUGUGGAUGGAAUGAUGGAAAAACCUGUGUGCAGAAAUUGUUUGGGAAGUGGUGCUGUGCUUUGUGACAUGUGUGGUGGUACAGGAAAAUGGAAAGCUCUAAACAGGAAGCGAGCUAAAGAUGUUUACGAAUUUACUGAGUGUCCAAAUUGUUAUGGUCGAGGAAAGCUUGUCUGCCCUGUUUGUUUAGGAACCGGUUUGCCAAACAAUAAAGGUCUCCUGAGGAGGCCCGAUGCACGGAAACUGCUUGAUAAGAUGUAUAACGGACGGCUAAUUCCAAACUCUUAGAAGACGUAAAUUUGAGCAAAACUGAGGCCAGCCAGUGCUGCUUUUUGGCGCAAUGAUUGGGAUGUUCUUCACCGGUUAACAAAGCCAGUGACUGCAUUGGUAAAUCAACUUGUAGCACAGAACAUGUUGCUGAGGGUUUUUUGCUUCUAUUUUUGGUCUAGAUGCAUUACAGAACUCUAACCAUCAUCGGCUUGGUUAUCAACCUUAUAAUUUACAUGGUUCUGUAAUAAAAAUGUCCAUGUCCAUCGCCAUGUUCGUGUGGACUGUAUUGAGUUGCAAGACCCGUAUAUUAUGUAAACAUCGAGCAAAUACUUCCAGCAAGAGUAGCUAUUUAGGUUCCUAUUCAGCUCCCAAGUAAAUCUGUAAAUGUUUAUGCAAAUAGUGUACACUUAAGGUAAUAAGUUCUUAAAGACCUUAAA